CUCUCCAGGUUCCCGGUGCCUUCCCGUGCACGCAGGUGAGGCUGCUCAGGUGAGACCGAUGGCCGCCCCAAGGAGCAGGUGCUGACGCCCCCAGCCUGGUGCUGCACCUCCUGACACCACCACCCACCCAGGAUCUAAAUGCCACAGCGCCCCUGGGGCACGGUGGGCUGCGACCCGCUGUUGCCGGGGAAGACCGCUCGGCCAUGGGGAACGCGGAGAGCCAGAGCGUGGAGCACGCCUUCUACGGGGAGAAGCGCGCCAGCCUGGGGCGCAAGCACACGUCGCGCUCGCUGCGCCUGUCGCACAAGGCCCGGCGGGCCCGGCACGCGUCCUCGGGGAAGGCGGUGCCCCGGAGCGCCGAGGCGAGCCUGCGCUCCAGCAGCACCCCCAGCAUCCCGCAGUCGCUGGCCGAGAGCGGCCUGGAGCCCUUCGCGCAGGGGGGCGGCCUCGAGGACUUCGGGGGCCCCGGCUGGGUGGACCGCGCGGACGGGGGCCUGAGGCCCGUGUCCUACACCGACUCCUCCGUGGCGCCCAGCGUGGGCAGCAGCAUCGUCCUCGCCGCGGCCUCCGUGCCCAGCAUGCCCGACUCGGAGGACAGCAGGCUGUACAGCGAGGACGCGGCCUAUCCGGCCGAGGGCGGCGGGCGGCCGCACCCCUACUCUCGCACCGGGCCCACGUUCCCGGAGAGCGCCAGCUUCCGGAAGAAGCGCUCCAAGUCCGCGGACAUCUGGCGGGAGGACAGCCUGGAGUUCUCGCUCUCCGAUCUGAGCCAGGAGCACCUGACCAGCAACGAGGAGAUCCUGGGUCCCGCCGAGGAGAAGGACCGCCAGGAGGCCCGGCGGGCGGAGAACCGGGUGGGCCCGCGGCCGCUCGGCGCCUGUCAGCGCGCCAACUCCCUGAGCGACCUCUGCACUCCAAAAGGCACCGGGGCGAUGGCCAACGGGGGGCCCAGGAGCAAGUGCGCCGGCUACUGCCGGAAUUUGGCGUCUGACCGCCCCCGCCGGGCUGACCACAAGGCGCCGCCCGCGACAGCUGAAGAGGCUGUUCCCUACAGCUACAACACCCUUCCCUGCAGGAAGUCCCACUGCCUCUCAGAGGGCGCCACCAACCCGCAGCUGAGCCACAGCAACAGCAUGCAGGGCAGGAGGGCCAGGACGACUCAGGAUGUGAACGCCGGCGAGGGCAGCGAGUUUGCCGACAGCGGGAUCGAAGGGGCCACCACCGACACGGACCUGCUGUCCAGGCGCUCCAAUGCCACCCACUCGAGCUACUCGCCGCCCCCCGGCCGUGCCUUCGUGGGCAGUGACAGCGGCAGCAGCAGCACGGGGGACGCGGCGCGCCAGGGCGUGUACGAGAACUUCCGCCGCGAGCUGGAGCUGAGCGCCGCCAACCGCGAGAGCCUGGAGGACGCCGGCUCGGCGCACAGCGACGAGCGCUCCAGCGGCGCCCCGAGCUCGCCGGGCCGCUCCGACGUGCUGCGGGAGGCGGCGCGGGGCACCGUGCGCAAGGCGGGCGCGCUGGCCGUCAAGAACUUCCUGGUGCACAAGAAGAACCGGAAGGUGGAGCCGGCCGCGCGCAGGCGCUGGAAGCACUACUGGGCGUCCCUGAAAGGGUGCACGCUGCUUUUCUACGAGGGCGACGGCAGGUCGGGCGUCGACCCCGCCAGCACCCCGAAGCACGCCGUGUGGGUGGAGGAUGGCAUCGUGCAGGCCGUGCCCGAGCACCCCAAGAAGGACUUCGUCUUCUGCCUGAGCAACUCCCUGGGCGACGCCUUCCUCUUCCAGACCACCAGCCAGACGGAGCUGGAGAACUGGGUCACCGCCAUCCACUCCGCCUGCUCCGCGGCCGUCGCGCGGCACCACCACAAGGAGGACACGGUGCGGCUGCUGCGGUCGGAGAUCAAGAAGCUGGAGCAGAAGAUCGACAUGGACGAGAAGAUGAAGAAGAUGGGCGAGAUGCAGCUCUCCUCCGUCACCGACUCCAAGAAGAAGAAGACCAUCCUGGACCAGAUCUCCGUCUGGGAGCAGAGCCUGGAGCAGCUGCAGAUGGACCUGUUCCGCUACCGCUGCUACCUGGCCAGCCUGCAGGGCGGGGAGCUGCCCAACCCCAAGCGCCUCCUGGCCUUCGCCAGCCGGCCCACGAAGGUGGCCAUGGGCCGCCUGGGCAUCUUCUCCGUGUCGUCCUUCCACGCCCUGGUGGCGGCGCGCACGGGGGAGACGGGGGUACGGCGGCGCACGCAGGCCACGCCCCGGCCGGCCAGCAAGCGGCGGAGCCGGUUCUCCUCCCUGUGGGGCCUGGACACCACCUCCAAGAAGAAGCAGGGGCACCCCAGCAUCAACCAGGUGUUCGGGGACGGGCCUGACGCCGUCAAGCAGUCUCUGGAGGGGGUCUUCGACGACACCGCCCCGGACGGCAAGAUGGAGAAGGAGUCGGGCCUGCCCGGCGUCCACCAGCACAACGCUGACGGCGACAUCUGGGUCCACGAGCACUUCGCGCCGUCCUGGUUCUGUCUGCCCAACAGCCAGUCCGCCCUAACGGUCGUCCGGCCGGGGGACACCGCCCGGGACACCCUGGAGCUGAUCUGCCAGGCACACCAGCUGGACCCCUCGGCUCACUACCUGCGGCUGAACUUCCUGACGGAGCGCGGAGCCCAGCACUACGUGCCCCGGCCGGAGGAGGACCUCCACGAGCUGCUGUACAAAGAAAUUGAAAUUUGUCCAAAAGUCACUCAGAACAUCCAGAUGGAGAAGUCAGACGCGGCUGGCGACAAUUACGGGUUUUUUCUGUCCUCCGAGGACGAAGAUGGUGUUUGGAGGCUCUACGUGGACAGUGUGAAGGACACUGGGCUCGCGUCCAAGAGAGGCCUGAAGGCGGGAGACGAGAUUCUCGAGAUCAAUGAUCACGCAGUCGGCACCCUGAGCUCCGCAGCGCUCAGGGACUUCCUCCUGCAGCCCAGCCUGAGCCUCCUCGUGAGGACGCGCCCCGCGCUGGAGGGGGGCGCCCCGCCGCUGGAGAGCCCGCCGCACCGCGCCGACGGCCCCGUCGAGCCCGGCCAGAGCCCCCUCGCCCUCCUCGCCGGUGGCCCAGGGCACGGCCUGUGUGGCAGGCAGGGCAGCAGCGCCGAGGCGGUGGCCGAGGGGACGGAGGGGCCCGACGCCGAGUCCUCCGACGACGCAGACCACAGCAGCAAGGGUGCGGGACCGGGGGCCGCGAGCCGCCGCAGCCCGCAGGAGAUGAACCCCCGCGACCCGAGCCCGCCCCCCCAGGACGCCGGUGGGCCAGCGCCGGCCGCCACGAGGCAGCUGACGGACGCCGACAAGCUGCGCAAGGUGAUCGGGGAGCUCCUGGAGACGGAGCGCACCUACGUGAAGGACCUGAACUGUCUCAUGGAGAGAUACCUCAGGCCCCUCCAGAAGGAGACCUUUCUCACCCAGGACGAGCUCGACGUGCUCUUUGGAAAUCUCACCGAAAUGGUAGAGUUUCAAGUGGAAUUCCUCCAAACUCUGGAAGAUGGAGUGCGACUAGUACCUGACUUGGAAAAGCUGGAGAGGGUCGAUCAGUUCAAGAAGGUGCUGUUCUCCCUGGGGGGCUCCUUCCUGUACUAUGCCGACCGCUUCAAGCUGUACAGCGCCUUCUGCGCCAGCCACACGGAGGUCCCCAAGGUCCUGGUGAAAGCCAGGACGGACGCGGCCUUCAAGGCCUUCCUGGACGCGCAGAACCCGAAGCAGCAGCACUCGGCCACGCUGGAGUCCUACCUCAUCAAGCCCAUCCAGCGGGUCCUCAAGUACCCGCUGCUGCUGCGCGAGCUCUUCUCGCUGACGGACGCCGACAGCGAGGAGCACUACCACCUGGACGUGGCCAUCAAGACCAUGAACAAGGUGGCCAGCCACAUCAACGAGAUGCAGAAGAUCCACGAGGAGUUCGGGGCCGUGUUCGACCAGCUGAUCGCCGAACAGACCGGUGAGAAGAAGGAGGUGGCGGACCUGAGCAUGGGUGACCUGCUGCUGCACACGACUGUCACCUGGCUGGACCCGCCCGCCACGCUGGGCAAGUGGAAGAAGGAGCCGGACCUGGCCGCCUUCGUCUUCAAGACGGCCGUGGUCCUGGUGUACAAGCACGGCCCCAAGCAGAAGAAGAAGCUCGUCGGCCCUCACCGGCUCUCCAUCUACGAGGAGUGGGACCCCUUCCGGUUCCGGCACAUGAUCCCCACCGACGCGCUGCAGGUCCGCGCCGUGGCCAGUGCAGACGCAGAUGCCAGCACGUCGUGCGAGAUCGUGCAUGUGAGGUCAGAGUCGGAGGGCAGGCCGGAGAGGGUGUUCCACCUGUGCUGCAGCUCCCCCAAGGGCCGCAAGGACUUCCUGAGGGCCGUGCACUCGGUGCUGCGGGACAAGCACCGCCGGCAGCUGCUCAAGACGGAGAGCCUGCCCUCGCCGCGGCAGUACGUCCCCUUCGGAGGGAAGCGGCUGUGCGCGCUGAAGGGGGCCCGGCCGGCCGUGAGCAGGGCAGUGUCCGCCCCGAGCAAGUCUCUCGGCAGGAGGCGGCGGCGGCUGGCUCGGAACCGGUUCACCAUCGACUCGGAUGCCGUGUCCGCCGGCAGCCCGGAGCGCGAGGCCCAGCAGCAGCCCCCCGGCGCCGGGGACACCGACCGGUGGGUGGAGGAGCAGUUCGACCUGGCGCGGUACGAGGAGCAGGACGGCGUCAAGGAGACCGACAUCCUCAGUGACGACGAGGACGGCGGGGCCGGCGAGCCCGACGGGGACCUGCCCGGGCGGCUGCAGGCCGCCUCCAUCGGUCCACGGGGCCUCGGCCGCCCGCGCCCGGGCAGCCACGCCUCCCGCAUGGCGCAGCUCAGGAAGCAGGCGGCCCUGCCGGCCGUCGGCGGGGCCCUCGAGCCGGCUGGCGAGGAGGUCGUCUGGGUCCGGCGCGAAGACUUGGGCCCGUCCCAGAGACUGAACACGGAGAUCUGACCGUCGGCCCGGAGAGCCGGUGUCGGUGCUCGUCCGGGCCCUGCGCCCCCGCCCCUCCUGCGCCCUCCAGGACGGGACGGUCCCCUUAGCCGCACUCGUGCACACUCAGUCCUGGCAGCGGCUUCGCUCGGGGGCCGCGUGCCGCCCGACUGGUGGUUCUGACGGCGUCGGGAAGAACCGCUCAGAGUCUCAAGUAGGCCUGCACCCCACCUUCUGCGUGUGGCCGGGGCGCUCUGUCCCCGUUGACCGGGGCCAGGAGCGUGAAGG